AGUGGUGGCAGGAGGUGGAUAUCAAUGUACUGGUGUGUGUCCUCCUAUGUGGUGGUAGGAGGGGGAUAUCAAUGUACUGGUGUGUGUCCUCCUAUGUGGUGGCAGGAGGUGGAUAUCAAUGUACUGGUGUGUGUACUCCUAUGUGGUGGCAGGAGGUGGAUAUCAAUGUACUGGUGUGUGUCCUCCUAUGUGGUGGUAGGAGGUGGAUAUCAAUGUACUGGUGUGUGUCCUAUGUGGUGGCAGAGGUGGAUAUCAAUGUACUGUGUGUGUCCUAUGUGGUGGCAGGAGGUGGAUAUCAAUGUACUGGUGUGUGUCCUCCUAUGUGGUGGUAGGAGGUGGAUAUCAAUGUACUGGUGUGUGUCCUAUGUGGUGGUAGAAGGUGGAUAUCAAUGUACUGGUGUGUGUCCUAUGUGGUGGCAGGAGGUGGAUCUGGGACUGGCAGCUGACGUGGGGACCCUACAGAGGCUCCCAAAGGUGGUCGGCAAUGGUAGCUGGGUCAGAGAUGUGGUGUUCACUGCCAGGAGGGUUUCCGCGGACGAGGCUUUGCAGUUUGGGCUUGUCAGCCAGGUGUGCGACGACAGGGAGACAGCUAUGAGCACUGCUCUCCAACUGGCAGAGAAGAUCGCUAGCAAGAGCCCCGUGGCUGUCCUGGGGUCAAAGGUCAACCUGAACUACUCUCGAGACCACACCGUGCAGGAGGGACUGGACUUUGCCGUGGUAUGGAACUCGACCAUGCUACAGUCGGAGGAUGUGGGCGUGGCAAUUUCAGCAUCCGUCCAGAAAGAAACGCCAGUUUUCUCUAAACUCUAAUUUGUAUGUACUUGUUUUGUGUCAGCUGUAAAAAUUCGUUUGCUGGUGACUGGUUUAGAGGUGUGGCAAAGAUAUAAAU